GGACUUAUGCCGAUGUCGGACCGGAAGCAGCGUGAGGUUACAGGGUGUUACAUCUGUUCGUCUGGUCAGUCCUGUUAGGUAUUCCGUCGUCUUGUUCGUCUCCAUUUCUGAGUGGUCUGCAGAGAGAAGAUGUUGCGAAGCGCCUCAGCAAAGAUCUUCAGACAGGUGGUGAGGGCCCAGAGUACAGAUGCCAGCCUCAUCCUGGAGAGAUCAAUAAACCGUGUCCAGCUGUUGGGACGAGUCGGUCAGGAUCCAGUUAUGAGACAAGUGGAGGGCCGAAACCCUGUCACCAUCUUCUCGUUAGCAACCAAUGAGAUGUGGCGUUCUGGAGACGGAGAGACGAGCGCUACAGGUAUGACGAGCUCCCCAGGUGACGUCAGUCAGAAGACGACGUGGCAUCGCGUCUCCGUGUUCAAACCUGGUCUGAGAGACGUGGCGUACCAGUACGUCAAGAAAGGGUCUAGGGUCCUUGUGGAGGGGAAACUGGACUAUGGAGAGUACGUCGACAAGAACCAAGUCAGACGUCAGGCCACCACCAUCAUCGCAGACAACAUUGUUUUCCUGAGCGACAACGUGAGAGAGAGAGCCUGAAGGAUGUUCCUCUCUGUCUCCAUUCAACCACAGGACAACUUCUUUUUAUAUUUUCUUCGUCUGUGAAUGAGGCUUGAAGACACCAAAGGAACUAUUUUGUAAGGAGGCUGGAGAUGAAUGAGCUGAAAGCAUGUUGGACUGAGGCGCCCUCUGCUGGUGGAAGAGAAGACCUCGAAGCUUCAGACGGAGUAGAUUGAUCUCCUGUAGUAAACACACGCUGACAAUGACUCUUUGAUUAUACUAUGUGUGCAUUUAAAAACAUAUAAGCUCUUUUUUUGUGAGUAAAAAUAAUGUUGCAAAGAAGUUUUGAGACUAAAAUAUUUGUCACACCAACCAACUUGCUUAACAAAUCUCAUAGAUCACAUGAGUUGGCCUAAGCUGCAGCUUUUUCAAGAGAUGAUCAUAGUCAUACUGGAUAGCGGUAUAAUUAUUAUAGUUUACGUUUUCAUUGUGCCACUUCAAGUUGUACAAUGGGAAGUUUUUUUCACCCCCCCAGAAAGCAAACUACAGAAUCUGAGCAUUUAUUUCCAAAUAGUCCCUAUGCAGGUACAUUUAUGGAUGCCAUAAGAUACUCUCAGAUCUUUGAAUCUAAAUUAACCUUUAAAAAUCUGUUUGAUUAUGCAAGAAAUGUUGCAGACACGGUCUGUUUUUUUUGCUUAGUGGCACCGUAUUCAACAUUCAAGAGAUUGUGGCCAACUUUAUAACUCCAAACUGAGUCUGUCCUUAAAAGAGAUUAUCAGAAGUCGGCGCUGCUUUGGAUAAUGGUCCAGUUGCUUCCUGUCGUGUCUUCUUGCUGAUUAGUCCAACAGAUUUUCAAGGAAAAAAUGACCACAAGGAGAAGCGACAACGUGUAAAACGUGGGUUCAUAUGAGAGCUGUUUGGUCCUGUUUUUGCCUAAAGAUGUUUGAGCCUUCUAAAAGCAGUUUCUACUGUGUCAUCUUUGAGUGUGACCACAUGCCAAAUGUCAACUGUCUUUCUUGAACUUCUCUUCAAACAAACUUCUCUAGAUUAAAGGUUGCUCAACUGCAGAAAAAAGUUGCUGAUAACAAAAACUACUUUAGGCAACAAAAACAAAUGAAAAAGAUACCAACUUGCAGAUUUAAAGGACGCGCUUUUAACGUCUAUUUCAUUUCUGUUGUUUGGUUUCUCUGUUUAAAUCUGAUAAGUUUAAUACAUUGCAAGUAUUUUGGUAUUUUUCCGCCCUGUCACUUUUUCGUCCGUUGUUACCGCAUUUAUCACUCUUUCAUUUCCUUCCUGGACUGACUGACUGACUGUUUUCAGCUCACUGCUGGUGGUUCAUUAUUUACGAAAAGAUGUUAUUCCCCCAAACGCUGUGGUUAUUAGUGUUUCCUUUCUACAUAGAAUAUACAUGAUGAAAUAUAUCAAAGGUAAUCAUGGGUUAAUGAGUUUAUUUAAAAAGUACAUGCAAGUGAAGGAAGAAAUAGAACAUUUAAUAAUGUGUGGGAUUAAUGCUUUCUUACAUGGUAGAAAUAGGUAUUUGUAUUAGGUUAUUCUUUAAGCUUAAAUCAACCAGGAGGCGGGCUUAAAUGAAAGGUUGUCUUGGCCUAACCAGAUUGGUUACAGGCAAUCAGCACGUCUUCACUGAUUGGCCGCAUUACUUGUCAGUUAAAGGUGGGGGUGUGUUUUAAAUAUACGCGGUAUCUGAUUGGAGGGGUCACCGUCUUUGAGGUGGGACUUUAAAUAGUCUGAAACCUGUGGAUUCAAUUAGAUAAGUCAAGUAACGGAAACAAGUUAACACAUACAGGAAAUGGACAAGUGAUUUAUUAGUAAAAUGGGUCAGUCAAAACGAAGUUUUAAUAUUAACGCAUCAAUAUCUAUUCCGAAUGCUUCAUUAUGUUGUUUUA